AUGGCCGUGUACUGCUAUGCGCUCAAUAGCUUGGUGAUGAUGAAUAGCAACAGUGAGGUGACAAGUGGCAGGAGCAAGACGCCUCCUCCUUCCAGACAAGUGCUGUCCAGGGGCCCUGAGACACCUGGCAGCUGCCGCCCGCUCCCUGUCUUCAGCCCAGCACCCGUCCCACUCCAGUCCCCGCACCACAGCCCUGCUUUCCUCUUCCCACCGCUUGAGGAGCCCCUGCGGCAGCAGGGCAGCCUGGAGGGGUGGCAGGGCAGCCAGGGUGAGGAGAAGCAACCCGGAGCCCCGGCAACACUGCAACCUCAGCAGGAGCUGAUUAAUGUCCAGGUGAAACAGAAAAUGGGGCUAUUUGAGGCUCAUGUCCAGGCACACAGCUCUUCUGCUCAGCUGCCACAGAGUCCCCAGCAGUCCCAGCUCCUGCCUGCCAGCCCCACCAUGCCAGUGGUCAUGACUGGGAGUGGAUCCCGGCCACGAGACUUCAUGGAAAGUGAGGCUCCCGGUGUUGGUGGGGUGCAGGUGCAGCUGAGCACUGCAGAGCCCUCGAGGAGGCCAGUGGUGAUGGUUGUCCCAGCUGUGGGGCUGGCAGAGGGCAGCAGCACCCUGGACCCAUCAGGACCUGCAUCACGGCGAGAUGAGGUGGUGGUGGCCCCCUCAGGACUUGAGGGCCAGUGCCCAGCCAUAGGCGGAAGCAUCCCUGCCGUCAUCAUCACGGACCUGGGGGGCCCAGAGGAGGAGGCAGGCGCCAUGCCCCCCAGCAGCCUGCCUGUCCGGAAGCUGUCAUCAUCCUCAGCCUCUUCCACUGGCUUCUCCUCAUCUUGGGAAGAGUCUGAAGAGGACAUCUCCAGUGACCCUGAGCGCACCCUGGACCAGCCACCAGCCUUCCUGCAGACCCUGGACCAUCAGAAACCCCGAGUGAGCAAAUCAUGGCGGAAGAUCAAGAAUAUGGUGCACUGGUCCCCAUUUGUGAUGUCUUUCAAGAAGAAGUACCCUUGGAUCCAGCUUGCAGGGCAUGCAGGUAGCUUCAAGGCAGCAGCCAACGGCAGGAUACUGAAGAAGCACUGUGAAUCAGAGCAGCGCUGCCUUGACCGCCUGAUGAACGAUGUCCUGAAGCCCUAUGUUCCUGCCUACCACGGAGAUGUUGUGAAGGAUGGUGAGCGAUACAACCAGAUGGAAGAUCUGCUGGCUGAAUUUGACUCCCCAUGUGUUAUGGACUGCAAAAUGGGGGUCAGAACAUACUUAGAGGAGGAGCUGAUAAAGGCCCGGAAGAAGCCAAGCCUGAGGAAGGACAUGUACCAGAAAAUGAUUGAGGUGGAUCCUGAUGCCCCCACCGAGGAGGAGAAUGUGCUGCGGGCAGUAACAAAGCCCCGCUACAUGCAAUGGAGGGAGACCAUCAGCUCAACUGCCACACUGGGCUUCCGGAUUGAGGGGAUAAAGAAAGAGGAUGGGACUGUGAACCGGGACUUCAAGAAGACACGGACAAAGGAACAAGUCAUGGAGGCCUUCAGGGAGUUCACCAGAGGAAACCGCAAUGUUGUGAACAGUUACCUUAACCGGUUGAAGGGUAUCCGUGCUACCCUGGAGACAUCCCCAUUCUUCAAGUGCCAUGAGGUAAUCGGGAGCUCCCUCCUAUUCAUUCAUGACAAGAGGGAACAGGCCAAAGUCUGGAUGAUUGACUUUGGGAAAACUACCCCACUACCAGAGGGACAAGUUCUCCAGCACAACGUGCCCUGGGUGGAAGGGAACAGAGAGGAUGGCUACCUCUGGGGGCUGGACAACCUCAUUCAGAUCCUGACAGAGUUGUCCCAGAACGAAGACUUCCAUUAAAGCCGCAUGUCCGACUCUGCCACUACCCCCAGCCUGUCCCGACUGACUCUUCUGAACUGCACUACAAGACACUUUCCAGCCCUCGCCCUUCCCAUUUGAAAGCUAUACUCUUCCUAUU